UGCAGCAUCGGACAAAUAUAUUUUUUCCUUGCUUUAACCUUAAUUAACUUAGUUAAAUGGACGUGUUCAAGCAAGGAUGCACGCUAAAAUAAUUGUCGCGAUUUUAUUUAUUGGGUUACUGCAAACGAAUGCUUGGUGGAGGCGCCGAAGGCGUUGUUACAGACGAGAUUGUCGUGUGUCAAGUUGGAGCUAUUGGAGCUCGUGCUCAGCCUCUUGUGGCUAUUACGGUACACAAUCAAGAUCACGGUAUAAAACACAAUCAGCUAGUUGCGGAGGAACAUGUUACUAUUAUACAUUUCGACAAUCAAGAAACUGCAAUAGAAAAUGCUGUCCCAGAUCAUGUUCGUAUUACUACACUUCGUGGAGUAGUUGUACUGGAUGCGGAACGAAAGGAACUCAGUAUAGAAGACUUCUUGUAAGAAGUAGCGCAUAUUGCGGUGGUACUGCAUGCCCCAGUAUUAGAUACCAACGGAGAACUUGUAACACAGGCAGGUAUGAAUGUAAAUAA